AUGGAGCGGGCCGGGGCCUGCGGCUUCUCGGGCGCCCUGAGCGGAGCCUUCCUGCUGUCCUGCCUGCUCUUCGCGGCCGUCAGCCGCCGGCAGCGCGGGCCCUACAUGGACGAGGUGUUCCACGUCCCGCAGGCGCAGGCCUAUUGCCAGGGCCGCUUCCUGCAGUGGGACCCCAUGAUCACCACGCUGCCCGGCCUGUACCUGCUCUCCGUGGGAGUGGUGAAACCCGCGGCCUGGCUCCUCGGCUGGACGGGGAGCGUGGUGUGCUCUGUGGCAAUGCUCAGGUUUAUCAAUCUCCUCUUCAGUGCUGGGAACUUCUAUUUACUGUAUUUGCUUCUGUUCAAGAUCCAUCAGAAGAAUAAGGCUGUGUCUGGUUUCCAGAGAAUAUUGUCUGCAUUAAGUCUUGCAAUGUUUCCCACCCUUUAUUUUUUUACAUUCCUUUAUUAUACGGAUCCAGGAUCAGUAUUUUUUACUCUCUUUUCCUAUUUAAUGUGCCUUUAUGGUAACCAUAAAACCUCUGCUCUCCUUGGAUUUUGUGGCUUCAUGUUUCGUCAGACAAAUAUUGUAUGGACAGUUUUUUGUGCUGGAAAUGUUGUUGCAGAGAAGCUAAAUGAAGCCUGGAAGAUUGAGUUGCAAAAAAAGAAAGAUGAGAAGAUUUCUUCCAGGAAAGGAUCAUUUUCCGAUUUGAUCAGAAUACUGCAGUUUCUUGUUGAAUAUCUCAUGUCACCUAAAAACUUAGUUACACUUACUGCUAGGACUUGGCCAUACAUCAUAUUAGUAGCUCUCUUCUUUGUUUUUGUCUUCAUCAAUGGUGGAAUAGUUGUUGGUGAUAGAAGUAGUCAUGAAGCCUGUUUGCACUUUCCUCAGCUGUUCUAUUUUCUGUCCUUUACUGUUUUUUUUUCAUUCCCUUAUUUAUUGACCCCUACUAAAAUCAGGAAAUUCCUUUUGUCAUUGCGAAAGCACCCUGUGCAGUAUAGCUUAAUCGCUGUCAUCUCUUUAUUCCUGAUCUGGAAAUUCACCUAUGUCCAUAAGUAUGUACUAGCAGAUAACAGACAUUAUACCUUUUAUGUCUGGAGAAAAGUGUUCCAAAGACACGAACUUGUAAAAUACCUGUUAGUUCCAUUCUAUAUAUUUGCUGGCUGGAGUUUUGCUGAUAUGCUAAAAUCAAAAUCAAUAUUCUGGAUCUUAAUGUAUUUUGUGUGUUUAUUAGCAGUCACAGUUCCUCAAAAAUUGCUAGAAUUUCGUUACUUUAUUUUGCCAUUCUUAAUAUAUAGGCUCAAUAUUCCAUUCCUGUCUUUGUACAGACAACUUCUGGAGCUGGCUUUUUAUAUUUUAGUAAAUGCUGUAACUUUGUAUCUUUUUCUAAACAGAACGUUCCAAUGGGAAAAUAGUGAUGAAGUACAGAGGUUUAUGUGGUGACUUUUUUUUUUUUUUUUUUUUUUUUUAAAUACUUUUAUACCUGUAGGAAAACACAGUUCUGUUUCAGGACUGCACUCUGGAAUGAAACAAUGUGUUUUGCAUUAUGUAAGGACAGUUUUCCCUAGUGGGAAUUGGGAAGAUAACUCUUUGCUUAUAUUGUUGCAGCCAAAUGCAAGAUCUGUUAUAAUGUGAAGAUACUCCAUAUAUUGAAUUUAUGAGAAUUUUAAAAUUCAGUAUGAGGGGAAAUGUGAGAACACCUUUCUGUAAUUAGUGUAAAAUAAGAGAGAUGUUUACUGUAAUUUUUCAUGAUAAUAAAAUAUUAUAUAAAAUGCCCUGGAAGGUGUAAUAGUUUAUGUUUCAGAGGUUUCUCUUUUAGAAAAGAAGGCUUUCAACCUGUUCAAUCUUUCUGUUUAUUUAUUUGUGUGCAUAUUUAUUCCUCAGAUCAGACGAUUUCCUUC